UUUUCAGCAAUGAUAUUUGAGACUAUUACAAAUCAAGAUCUGCCUGUGAUCAAGUGUGUUUUAAUCCAUCAUAAGAGCAAUGAUUCAUCAGUGGGGAUACCUUCAUCAUAUCCCACGGCAUCAGAAUCCCCGGAAGACCUUGGCUGUGCCUUGAGGCCUGAGAGUGCAGAGGCAGUCUACGAGGCGGCCAGGGUCGAAGUAGAUGUAUCUGCAUCCAUCACACUGCAAGUGCUACUCACAACCCCGGGGAACAUUUCCUGUCUCUGGGUCUUUAAACACAGCUCCCUGAAUUGCCAGCCACACUUUGAUUUACAAAACAGAGGAGUUGUUUCCAUGUUCAUUUUGAAAAUGACAGAAACCCAAGCUGGAGAAUACCUGCUUUUUAUUCAGAGUGAAGCGACCAAUUACACGAUAUUGUUCACAGUGAGUAUAAGAAAUACACUGCUUUACACAUUAAGGAGACCAUACUUUAGAAAAAUGGAAAAUGAGGACGCCCUGGUCUGCAUAUCUGAGAGCAUUCCAGAACCAACUGUGGAAUGGGUGUUUCGUGAUUCGCAGAGUGAAAGCUAUAAAGGAGAAAGUCCACCCAUUGUUACAAAGGAGCAAAGUGUACUUUAUGAGUUAUUUGGAACAGACAUAAGGUGCUGUGCAAGAAAUGAGCUGGGCAGGGAAUGUACCAAGCUGUUCACUAUAGAUCUAAACCAGACUCCUCGGAACACACUGCCACAAUUAUUUCUUAAAGUGGGGGAACCCUUGUGGCUCAGGUGCAAAGCUGUUCAUGUAAACCAUGGAUUUGGGCUCACCUGGGAGUUAGAAAAUCAAGCACUGGAGGAGGGCAACUACUUUGAGAUGAGUACCUAUUCCACAAACAGAACUAUGAUACGGAUUCUGUUUGCUUUUGUAUCAUCAGUAGGAAGAAACGACACUGGAUAUUACACUUGUUCCUCUUCCAAGCAUCCCAGUCAGUCAGCUUUGGUUACCAUCGUAGAAAAGGGAUUUAUACACGCUUCCAAAACAAAUGAAGAGUAUGAAAUUGACCAGUAUGAAGAGUUCUGUUUUUCUGUCAGGUUUAAAGCAUACCCACAAAUCAGAUGUACGUGGACCUUCUCUAGAAAAUCAUUUCCUUGUGAACAAAGUGGCCUUGAUGAUGGGUACAGCAUAUCUAAGUUUUGCAACCACAAACACCAGCCAGGAGAAUACACCUUCCAUGCAGAAAAUGACGAUGCCCAGUUCACAAAAAUGUUCACGCUAAAUAUAAGAAGGAAACCUCAAGUGCUGGCCAACGCAAAUGCAAGUCAGGCCUCUUGUUCCUCAGAUGGAUAUCCAUUACCAUCUUGGACCUGGAAGAAGUGUUCAGACAAGUCUCCCAACUGCACAGAAGAAAUCACGGAAGGAAUUUGGAAUAGAAAGGCUAACAGAAAAGUAUUUGGACAGUGGAUAUCGAGCAGUACACUGAACAUGAGUGAGGCCAUCAAAGGGUCCCUGGUGAAGUGCUGUGCGUACAAUUCCCUGGGCACAUCUUGUGAAACAAUCCAUUUAGGCUCACCAGGACCCUUCCCUUUCUUCCAGGACAACAUCUCAUUCUAUGCCACCAUUGGGCUCUGUGUCCCCUUCAUUGCCGUUUUAACCAUGCUCAUUUGUCACAAGUACAAAAAGCAAUAUAGGUAUGAAAGCCAACUGCAGAUGGUACAGGUGACUGGUUCUUUGGAUAAUGAGUACUUCUACAUUGAUUUCAGAGAAUAUGAAUAUGAUCUCAAAUGGGAGUUUCCAAGAGAAAAUUUAGAAUUUGGGAAGGUGCUAGGAUCAGGUGCUUUUGGAAAAGUGAUGAACGCAACAGCUUAUGGAAUUAGUAAAACAGAAGUCUCCAUCCAGGUUGCUGUCAAAAUGCUUAAAGAGAAAGCAGACAGCUCUGAAAGAGAAGCUCUCAUGUCUGAACUCAAAAUGAUGACUCAGCUGGGGAACCACGAAAAUAUUGUGAAUCUGCUGGGGGCGUGCACACAGUCAGGGCCAGUUUACUUGAUUUUUGAAUAUUGUUGCUAUGGUGAUCUUCUCAACUAUCUAAGAAGUAAAAGAGAAAAAUUUCACAGAACAUGGACGGAGAUUUUCAAGGAACACAAUUUCAGUUUUUACCCCACUUUCCAGUCACAUCCAAAUUCCAGUAUGCCUGGUUCACAAGAAGUUCACAUACACCAGGACACAGACCAUAUCUCAGGGUUCAAUGGGAAUUCCUUUCAACCCAAAGGCCUUCCCCUGAACCACGAUGGCACUGUCUCCUGUUUUUGUCCUUUUCCGGUCUCUUGUGUCCACAGAGACCUGGCAGCCAGGAAUGUGCUGGUGACCCGUGGGAAAGUGGUGAAGAUAUGCGAUUUUGGAUUGGCUCGAGAUAUUAUGAGUGAUUCCAACUACGUUAUCAGGGGCAACGCCCGCCUGCCUGUGAAGUGGAUGGCGCCUGAAAGCUUGUUUGAAGGGAUCUACACAAUUAAGAGUGAUGUCUGGUCAUACGGAAUAUUACUCUGGGAGAUAUUCUCGCUUGGUGUCAACCCUUACCCUGGCAUUCCAGUUGAUGCAAACUUCUAUAAACUCAUUCAGAGUGGAUUUAAAAUGGACCAGCCAUUUUAUGCUACAGAAGAAAUAUACUUUAUAAUGCAAUCCUGCUGGGCUUUCGACUCCAGGAAACGGCCAUCCUUCUCUAAUCUGACUUCAUGUUUGGGAUGUCAGCUGGCAGACGCGGAGGAAGCGAUGUAUCAGAACAUGGAUGACCAUGUUUCUAAACAUCCUUCCGGCUACCAAAACAGGCAACCUUACAGCAGAGAGACGGGCGCAGGGCUGCCCUCUCCACAGGAUCACGCUGAAGACUCGUAGAGAAACAAUUUAGUCUUAAGAACUCCUAUCCCCCUCACCUUCAACUGGUUAUCGAUUACCAAAACAAGAUUAACUUCAUCACUAAAAGAAAAUGUGUUCUCAGCUGCUGCUUUGCUGGACUUUUCUCUAGAAGCUCUCUAUAUCUGCUGUUGUUUUCAAAGGAACUUUUGUAAAAUUGAAUUUGCACAAGGGAGGAAGAGCUGAAAAUUAACUUCAUUGGAGCAUCUACCUACGUCCAAAGGCCUUCUCAGGCUGGCUUGAGUGAAAGUUGUGUACCUAAGUAUAGUAUAUUCUUGUAAAUACAUAAAACAAAAAAAUUUUGCUGAGGAGAAGCUGAUAUCAUUUUUUAAAUCUAUGUUUUAAGAUAAUAUGUAACUUUUUCAGCUAUUUAGUGAUAUAUUUUAUGA